GAUGUUGAGGUACGCUGUGGUCCAAGGAGGCCUCGGCCUGUUGGCUGUGAGGAGAGCAUGUGUCCUCGCCCGCUUCGCCCACUCUGCCCCGAAGAGCGAGUAUCGACCAAUCAAGAAAGUCAUGGUGGCCAAUAGAGGCGAGAUCGCUAUCCGUGUGUUCAGAGCCUGCACUGAACUGGGGAUUCGAACCGUGGCCGUGUACUCCGAGCAGGACACUGGACAGAUGCACAGACAGAAGGCAGACGAGGCUUACCUGAUUGGAAAGGGCCUGCCACCUGUUGCAGCAUACCUGGACAUUCCCGACAUCAUCAGAGUAGCUAAGGACAACAACGUGGAUGCUAUCCACCCUGGCUACGGUUUCCUCUCUGAGCGGUCAGACUUUGCCCAGGCCUGCGCAGACGCAGGGGUGAUGUUUAUAGGACCGUCCCCAGAAACGGUGCGCAAGAUGGGAGACAAGGUUGAAGCUCGUUCUCUGGCCAUCUCUGCAGGUGUACCUGUGGUCCCGGGAACAGAUGCCCCCAUUGCCAGCCUGCAGGAGGCGCAGGUGUUCGCCCAAACAUACGGCUUCCCCAUCAUCUUCAAAGCGGCCUACGGAGGAGGUGGUCGUGGCAUGAGGGUGGUCAGAGAGUACGAGGAACUUGAGGAGAAUUACCAGCGGGCCUACUCUGAAGCCCUGACGGCUUUUGGGAACGGAGCCCUGUUUGUUGAGAAGUUUAUUGAAAAACCGAGACACAUUGAAGUACAGAUCCUUGGCGAUAAAUAUGGUAAUGUCAUCCACCUCUACGAGAGAGACUGCUCCAUUCAGCGGAGACACCAAAAGGUUGUGGAGAUUGCUCCGGCUUUCCAGCUGGACCCUCAUCUGAGAGACCGACUCCAUGCUGAUGCCGUCAACCUCGCCAAACAGGUCGGCUACGAGAACGCUGGCACCGUGGAGUUCCUGGUGGACAGGCACGGCAAACACUACUUCAUUGAAGUGAACUCUCGACUCCAGGUUGAACACACGGUCACCGAAGAAAUCACUGAUGUGGACCUGGUGCAUGCCCAGCUGCACGUUUGUGAAGGCCGCAGCCUGCCAGAGCUCAACCUCAAACAAGACAAGAUCAGGGUGAACGGCUGUGCCAUCCAAUGCAGAGUUACAACCGAAGACCCAGCCAGAGGCUUCCAACCAGACACUGGAAGGAUUGAGGUCUUCCGAAGCGGUGAAGGCAUGGGUAUCCGUCUGGACAGCGCCUCAGCCUUCCAGGGGGCUGUCAUUUCACCACACUAUGACUCCCUGCUGGUAAAAGUCAUCGCCAGCGGAAAGGACCUUCACACGGCGUCUUCCAAGAUGAGCCGAGCCCUGGCAGAGUUCAGAGUGCGAGGGGUCAAGACAAACAUCCCGUUCCUGCAGAAUGUUUUCUCCAACCACCAGUUCCUCCACUCCACCGUGGACACCCAGUUCAUCGACGAGAACCAGGAGCUCUUCAACCUCAAACCCACUCAGAACCGAGCCCAGAAACUGCUGCACUACUUGGGUCAUGUGAUGGUAAAUGGACCAACCACACCCAUCCCAGUCAAGGCUAAGCCUUCCUCCACAGACCCUGUCAUCCCCCUUGUCACCAUGGCCGACCCUCCGGUAGGUUUCCGUGACGUGUUGCUGCGCGACGGCCCUGAGGGAUUUGCUAAGGCUGUCCGUGCCCACCAAGGUCUGUUGCUAAUGGAUACCACCUUCAGGGAUGCCCACCAGUCGCUCCUAGCAACAAGGGUUCGAACCCAUGACCUGAAAAAGAUCUCGCCAUUCGUCAGCCACAACUUCAGCAACCUUUACAGCCUGGAGAACUGGGGAGGCGCUACCUUUGAUGUGGCCAUGCGCUUCCUGUCUGAGUGUCCAUGGAAGAGGCUGCAGGAGCUGAGAGCUUUGAUCCCAAACGUCCCCUUCCAGAUGCUGCUGAGAGGCGCCAACGCCGUGGGCUACACCAACUAUCCUGACAAUGCAGUCUUCAAGUUCUGCGAGGUGGCAAAGGAGAAUGGCAUGGACAUCUUCCGUGUGUUCGAUUCCCUGAACUACGUGCCAAACAUGCUGCUGGGCAUGGAGGCUGCAGGAGCAGCAGGCGGCGUAGUGGAGGCUGCCAUCUCGUACACGGGCGACGUGUCUGACCCAAUGAGGCAGAAGUACUCCCUGGACUACUAUCUGAAACUGGCAGACGAGCUUGUCAAAGCCGGGACCCACAUCCUGUGCAUCAAGGAUAUGGCUGGCCUGCUGAAGCCAGAGGCCAGCAAGCUUCUGGUAGGUGCUCUGAGAGACCGUUUCCCUGAUGUACCCAUCCAUGUGCACACACACGACACAGCUGGUGCUGGCGUGGCCGCCAUGCUGGCCUGUGCCGAGGCUGGAGCUGACGUGGUGGACGUCGCAGUCGACUCUAUGGCCGGGAUGACCUCUCAGCCCAGCAUGGGCGCCAUCGUUGCCUGCGCCAAGGGGACCAAACUUGACACCGGAAUCGCUCUGGAGAAAGUGUUUGACUACAGUGAAUAUUGGGAAGUAGCCAGAGGUCUGUAUGCGCCAUUCGACUGCACUGCCACCAUGAAAUCUGGCAACGCUGACGUCUAUGAGAACGAGAUCCCCGGUGGACAAUACACCAACCUUCACUUCCAGGCUCACAGUAUGGGACUGGGAAAUAAGUUCAAGGAGGUGAAGAAGGCCUAUACCGAAGCCAACAAGCUGCUAGGAGACCUCAUUAAGGUGACUCCAUCCUCGAAGAUCGUGGGUGACCUGGCACAGUUCAUGGUGCAGAACAACCUGACAAGGGCAGAAGUGGAGGAGAGGGCAGAUGAGUUGUCCUUCCCCCUGUCUGUGGUCGAGUUCCUGCAGGGAUACAUCGGCAUACCGCAUGGAGGAUUCCCCGAGCCCUUCAGAUCUAAGGUGCUGAAGUCCCUCAACCGCAUUGAGGGUCGUCCCGGCGCCUCUCUGCCACCCCUGGACUUCAAGGUCCUGGAGGAGGGGCUCCGAGCUGCGCACGGUGAAGAUAUCACCCCUGAGGAUGUGAUGUCAGCAGCCAUGUACCCCAAGGUGUUCCAGGAGUUCAAGGAAUUCACUGCUAACUUUGGUCCAGUGGACUGUCUGAGCACCAGGCUGUUCCUGGAUGGACCCAAGAUCGCCGAGGAGUUUGAGGUGGAGCUGGAGAGAGGGAAAAUCCUGCACAUCAAGGCGCUGGCAUUGGGUGACCUGAACAAGGCCGGCCAGAGAGAGGUCUUCUUUGAGCUGAACGGACAGCUGAGAUCUGUGCUGGUUAAAGACACUGUCGCUAUGAAGGAAAUGAAGUUCCAUCCCAAAGCCCAGAAGUCCAUCAAGGGUCAGGUGGGAGCGCCCAUGCCUGGAAAAGUGCUUGAGGUCAAAGUGGAAGUCGGAUCCAAGGUGGAGAAGGGCCAGCCGCUGUGUGUCCUCUCGGCUAUGAAGAUGGAGACUGUGGUCAACUCCCCGGUGGCCGGGACUGUUAAGGCGGUCCACGUCACAAUUGACGCCUCCCUGGAGGGAGAUGACCUGAUACUGGAAAUCGAAGAGUAGAGUGCAGACGGAGGGGGGGAGUAGUGAGUAGUAGUAGUAGUAGGUGGGAGUUAGACAAUCUGAUCCUGGAAAUGUUGAGGUGGAGGAAGAGGCGAAACAUGAAUCCUCUGUUAGAAAAAAUCAUUGUGGCAGCACUGUAGUACUCCAAUUUGUACAUAUUGUUUGGUUACACAUAUCCAGACACGUGGUGAUGGUAUAAAGAGUAGAUGAUAGCAAUCCUAAAUGUUAAUUUAAUUGAUUUGAUGAGUUCUUUAUUGAACUAUAAUACUAAUCAAAGCUACGUUAUUCACUAGGUGUGGUGAUUAGCCACCAAAUCUAUAAAUGUCCUGUCAACCUGUGGAGAAUAACAUCAUAGGAUGGUAUAUUUGAAUUGUGAUACAUUCCAUGUCUUAAAUGCUAGUCUUGUAUGUAUGUACUGCAAAAAAAUGAACUAACCAUAUGACACGCUAAUAGGGUUCGAACAGCUACUUACAAUUAAAUGCCACAAUUUUCCAUCUGCUGUUGCUUAAUAUAUUCAAAGGGAGUAGGUGAAAUUUUAUAUUGAUGACUAAUUAAUGUUUUUCUUUGUAAUCAGUACGGUUCAGACAAAGAAGCUUUGACUUGAGGAUGUAUUACCAAAUCAUUUUUUCAUACGGGAACAAUAUUUUCAUCUUUUGGCAUUAUCAAUCUCUGACAGUCUACUAGUAUCAUUGUGUGUAUGUAAAAAAAAAAAUAGUUGGAACACAGUACACUGGGAAUGAAGGAAAGAAAUGACAAUGUUUUGUCCAACCUGUUCUAGAUAAGGGUGUGAUACAAAUAUUUUCACAAUAAGAGAAGCACAAAAAAAGCAAGCGGCACAAUUUUAAGUUGACGGGGACACAGCUAUACCUGCCAGAAACGUCCAAUGUUGCACCAAAGUGAGAAAAUGUAUUCUGUUACUGUAUCAGUAAUGGUAGUGUUUUUGUUUUUUUAAAUCUGUACUGGUGUUGAAAAUGUUUCUCCAUUCACACCUGUCUCUAAAAUCCCAAAGCCAGAAGCACGCUGUAGCAACAUGUUGAAAUGAAGCUGUAGGCCAUGUUGGUAACACCCAGACAGGAUUAGUGCUUUUGUUGUAGUUUAAUGCGGCUUUCUUUAUCUGAAGCCAGCUGUAGGGUGGCCCACCAAAACCAAUCCAGCUCCAUCUGCUGUAUCAUUUCAGAAGUGUAAAGUCACAGAGUCUUAAGGUGGCGUUUAGUGUCCCUGGUUUAAUGGUGUGAUGUUGGAAUCGUCUUUUCAGAACCAGGCAGAGAUUAUGGCGAAUGGUCUUCUGUCUGCAUGGGGAUUUUAAUGCUAGGUGUAAAUGGGAUUACAUGGUGGUGUAAUGGAGGCAUGUGGUGUUAUUUUCUGAGGCUCUGCUGAUUAAUUUAUGAAUUAAUUCUCUGUCAAAUGAUGUGAAAUUAGCCGGACUAAUAAGAGACUCUGGAGACUCCCAGUAGCAGCACUCAGCUUUAUAUUUCUAAUGCGUAUGUGUGAGCAAGCAAAUUCCAAACACAAAGUCAACUAGUCUGCACAAUGUUGCACCAUCAGAGCUGAAAACACAUUCUAAAACAAACCGAUGCAAAAAUAUUCACACGAACACUCCCAGCCCCUUGAGUGCUGCCUGGAUCAAAAGAAAACAACACCAAGUACACCGCUCGGUGGUGUGGCUGCAUCUCCAUAGCAACUCUGUAUCCAAAACAUUUAACAGCAAUGCAGCAACGACCCUCCACAGUUUUCUGAUUAUAUAGUACCACAGUGAAUUCAUUCAGUUCCACUGCUGUCAGCUGCAGGCCUUUUAACCAUUUAACAGAGACUGAGGUGAACUUCAAUGUUUGGGCCACCACAGUGAACAAGCACCAUGAAAUAUCAAUUACAGUCGGAAAAGGAAGUGCCACAAUCUCUUUGUAAAGCACACAGCGAGCCAGAAAAGACACCACAGCUUCUACGCCAAAAAAAGGUCUGUGCGCCUCUGACAGAACCAAUCGAUCCAAGUGAGAAAUUUAAGCAACAGUUUGUACUCGACUGUUUCCAGCAUUUUUGCUCCAUUACCUCUGACAAUGAGUCCCCCCCCCCUUUUUUUAUAACUAUGCAUCAAUACUGAGCAGCGAUGCCGUGGUUAAUUAGAACCCUGAUAUGCCUAUAUCAAUCUGCAUUUGAGCUCUGUAGAGAGAGAUGGAGAUGAAUGACCAUCUAUGACAAGCUGUUGCACAAUAAAUGUAAAGUUCCCUCCUCCUCUCCUUCCUUAUCUGCCUCCUUCCUUAUGUUCCCCCCCUCCCUUCUCCCAUCAGUGUAAAUUUGCACAUGUAAGAUGAUGGCUUGAUCGACUCAUGCAAUAAUGUAGAACUGUAUCGCAGUGUUCCUCUGUGUUAGCCAGCAGUGAUUCUUAGACUGUGUUCUGUGUCUGGGG